UCGACCUUCACGUCAUUCAAUUCAAUCAAAAUGCAGCAGCAGCAGUUUCAAAAUUAAUUUCAUCCCUAUGUAGUGAGUGAUGCAGUAAAAAGGAGGUCGGUCGUGCUGCUUAACUUCGCGUGGAGCGUUGUGCCUGUGAUUAAUAGUUUCAAAUGUUUACUGGGACGGUGGGAGUGAAAAUAUGCGAGGCUUCUGGAUUGAGGCCUACGGACUUUCAAAAACGACACAACAUGACGUUUGGUAAACCCGAAGAGCAGUUAAUCGACCCGUACGUGACGGUAGAUGUUGAUGAAACGCACGUGGCCCAAUCCACCACAAAACAGAAAACGUUCGACCCCGUGUGGAACGAGUACUUUGAGCAAAAGGUGGAAAAUGCGAAGACGUUGACCCUGACGGUGUUUCACGAUGCCUCAAUACCACCAGAUGAUUUUGUCGCUAAUUGCAGCAUCCCUUUCGAGGAUUUAAUGAAUAGGGAUAAAGAUGCGGGAGAUUUUUGGGUUAAUCUUGAACCGAAAGGGCAAUUGCACGUUCGUAUAGACCUGAAGUUAACAUCAAAAGAAUAUGGUGCUAAGCCACGAGAAUUUAAAGAAAGGCAAGGUUUCAAUAGAAGAAGAGGUGCAAUGCGUCGCAGGGUACAUCAAGUUAAUGGUCACAAAUUCAUGGCGACAUUUCUACGACAACCAACUUUUUGUUCACAUUGUAGAGAGUUUAUAUGGGGAUUGGGCAAGCAAGGCUAUCAGUGUCAAGUAUGCACCUGUGUAGUACACAAGCGAUGCCAUCUCUUAGUGGUUACAAAAUGUCCAGGAAUGAAAGAUGAGACUAGUUCACAAAGUACAAGAUUCAAUGUGAACAUCCCACAUCGUUUUGUAGUGCACAACUAUAAACGGUUUACAUUCUGUGACCACUGCGGUUCCCUUUUGUAUGGGUUAAUUAAACAAGGGCUUCAGUGUGAGGUAUGCUCUCUAAACGUGCACAAGCGCUGCCAGAAGAAUGUUGCUAACAAUUGCGGAAUUAACACCAAGCAGAUGGCAGAUAUUCUGUCAGCGAUAGGUGUUUCGCCCGAUAAACAAACUCCGCGGCGUAGUAAAUAUGUGUCGGGACCUGGUAGCAAUAAUGGACCGUCGGAUGGGAGCACCGAUGCUAGUGGCGGAGGCGAUGAUUUAGAGAGCGCCGAGGAGAAAUUAACAAAGCUAAUGGAAGAGAAGAUGCAAAACGAUUUAUCCAGCGACUCGGGCACCGAAUCUGAUCGUUCAGGCGGUAUGAAGAUUGGUUUAGAUGAUUUUCAUUUCGUUAAGGUGUUGGGAAAAGGCAGUUUUGGCAAAGUAAUGUUGGCAGAAAAGAAGGACACUGAAGAGGUGUACGCUAUUAAAGUUUUGAAAAAGGACGUUAUUAUUCAAGAUGAUGACGUCGAUUGCACAAUGACUGAAAAGCGAAUAUUAGCUUUAGCGGCAAAGCAUCCGUUCCUUACUGCAUUGCAUUCCUGUUUUCAAACCAAGGAGAGAUUAUUUUUUGUAAUGGAAUACGUGAAUGGUGGUGAUUUGAUGUUUCAAAUUCAACGAGCACGCAAAUUCGACGAACCGAGAGCUAGGUUUUACGCGGCUGAAGUCACUUUAGCUUUGCAGUUCCUACAUAGACACGGUGUCGUAUAUCGCGAUUUGAAAUUGGAUAACAUUCUGUUAGACGCAGAAGGGCACUGUAAGCUGGCGGAUUUUGGAAUGUGCAAAGAAGGUAUUUUGGACGGUAUUACGACCACUACAUUUUGUGGUACGCCCGAUUAUAUAGCGCCCGAAAUCUUGCAAGAACUGGAGUAUGGAGCGAGCGUGGAUUGGUGGGCGUUAGGAGUGCUGAUGUAUGAAAUGAUGGCCGGCCAGCCACCUUUCGAGGCAGAUAAUGAAGACGACUUGUUCGAAUCCAUCUUGCACGACGACGUAUUGUAUCCAGUUUGGCUUAGCAAAGAUGCCGUUAGUAUUCUUAAAGGAUUUAUGACGAAAAAUCCUAGUAAAAGACUCGGUUGUGUGCCUGCUCAUGGCCUAGAAGCUGCGAUCCGUUCACAUUCUUUUUUUAGAGAUAUAGACUGGGUUGCUUUAGAGCAGCGACGUGUACGUCCACCUUUUAAACCUAAAAUUAAAAAUAAACGAGAUGCCCUCAAUUUCGAUGCUGAGUUCACCAAAGAAGAUCCUGUCCUAACACCUGUAAAUUCUGAAGUAGUACGUUCGAUCAAUCAAGAGGAAUUUAAAGGCUUUUCUUUUAUUAAUCGUGAUUAUAAUCCGGCUCGCUUCGGUAUGGAUUAGGGUUGAAUUUUUUUAUUAGUCUUAGUAUAUGAAACCAUUGUAAUUUGAUAAUUAUUUUUGUACGUUUACUUUUCCUCAGUAUUUAGCAAUUGAAGUAUUUGUUUUUUUAUCGCUAUCUCGUUUUAAUGCAAUUUAGUCAGUGUUAAUAAUUGAAAACGUGUUUUACUUUCCGGCGCAUUUAACGUAGCUCCGUGUACAGUAGGUUUGUCUUUAUACGACGUCUAGUGCAAUCUUUCCAAUUUUUAGCUUAAUUGAAGAUUUUGUAUUAUAGAAACUGUUGUUUAUCUAAACCAUUAGUUGUAUUGGAUGUUAAUGUAUUAUAUUUUUACGUAAACGUUAUCGAUUAUUUUUAUUGCUAUAUCAACAUGUUUCAUUAUACAAUGGUGCUAAACACAGGUUUCCCUAGCUUUGUUGUGUGUAUGAUAGACAGCUGACUCAAAUGUUCUAGUCAUUUUACAAAAAAAAAGGCCUACAUGCUCUCUUACUAAGUAAGAGUUGUAUACGUUUGAAUAUUAAUGAGGGAAAUUGUUUAAAAAACUUUUCCUUUAAGAUUUACAUCUAGUUAACAAAUAUUUGUGUUAGUAGGUAAUGUUUACAAUAGCCAUAUUAAUUAUAAUAUAAUUUUAUCAAAGAGAUUGUUGAAAGCAUUGUAGUUUAUAAAGUGACAUGUAAGAUACUGCUCGAUUUCGUAUUGCAUGUGAUAUCACUUCAAAGGCGCAUUUUAUAUCUAAGAGCUUUAAAAAUUGUUUAGUUAUCCACCCUUGUUGUAAGUAUUCUAUUUCUGUUAUCUUUACCAAAGACAAAUGUAUUUUCACUAUAAAUGUUGCGAAUGAGAUUAUGAUUCUCAGACAGCGUUUAGAUCAUUUUUCAUAGUGAGCUAGUGUUUUAUUUACAAUACGGACUUGUUUCCCAAUGAGUGUGUUACAAAUAACUAAGCCUCUGUCUUUCACAUACAAUAUCAAUACACCAUAAUGAUUCGAUAAUGAAUGAAAGAAUAGCAUACUAGUUUCGAAAUAAGUCUGUGUUCUGGUGAUACCUCAAUUGCUGUAAGAGAAUACCUUGUGUCCGUUCAAUUUGGCAACCUUCAUCAUUUAAUUAUUACGCUAAGCAGUAUUUGAUGCACUUCUUGUAUAGUGUGACAUUGCUAUUAAAACCUGCUGUCUUGAAAAAUGUAACGCAACAACUAACUGAUCACACUUUACAAGUACAAUUAGUGCAAGUGAAAAUUGACGAGAACAAUUCUUAAAUUUGUCCAGGGGUAAAUGACAAAAAAUAUAUAUUAGUAAAUGUUGAAGUUGUACAAAAUAUGUAUGUUGCAAUGGGGUAAAAGUUGUGAAUGUUGUCGGUUAUGAAAUGAAUAGUGUUUAAUUUACCGUAACAACAUUUGGAACAAGUAAUUUGUGUUCCAGCAGAUGUGUAUAUACAUUGUUAAAGAAGAAAUUAAAUAUGUUUUAGAUAUUUAUUAGUGUGAAGCUUAGAAGUAGAAUAAUAAAUAAACUAUAAUCAGAGCUAUUAGUAAGUACUUAGAUCUCUCUUUAAUCACCAUAGUAUUACACAUUUUGUUAGCACCUUCAUCUAAUAGAAUGGUAAUAAAUAUCGCACCAUUUCCAUUUUUAUUUUGUUAAUACAGAUUGUAGUAACGGUAAAUGUAUUUUUUUAAGCAUCUACAAUCUCGGUAUAUCAAUCGCUGUACUUGUCUUUCAUUAUUUAUUCAGUGUUAGUGGAGUACUAUCAUAAACCAUUAGUUGUUGAACCAUCCUAUUGUUCUUUGGAUAAUAGGAGAUGAAAAUUAUUGUUUAGAUGAUACAUUCAAGGGCUUCGUUAGUCUGUGUUUCAACAAACAAGAGCACUGGCAAAAGCAUCAUUUAGUAGUUAAUUCAAAAAGGUUGUAAAUGCUUUCAUACAGAGUUGUGCCAAACAUCCCUAGCUCUCCGUAUUUCUUGAUCAGAAUCUUGCAUUGUUAUUAUUGUUUUAAUGUGUUUAUACUAGCAAUGUAUCGUGUGUCGUAAAAUGGUGUACCUAUUUCUCUGAUGAUGUACUAAAAAAAUAUAUACAUUAUUUAAUGUA